AUGUCCAAAGGGAUUGACAACACCACGAAUCUGCCUAAAGUCGAGGUCAAAGAAAGAGCUGGGAAGAGGCUACUGAACAUGCUUAAGAAAGCUCAAAAAGAACCCGAACUUAGACCAGAGACUGGAGUCACAGCUGAAGUACCAGCUUUGGUGCCAUUUGGAGAUGCGGUUGGCUGCCUGGCUAUUCAUGUAAAGUCUUGUGGAGACUUUUCGCCUGAGAUCGGUUUGUCCCAAUUUAAAAGUGUGAUGGUUCGCAUCUCUGUAAACAACAUUGUGAAAUCUACAAAAGUUUGUGGCUUGCCACCCCAAUCCGAUGAAUAUAAUGCUAUGAUUAAUUUUGAUGAAUUGAAAUACUUUUCCAUACAGAUUCCCAGACGUCAAGAUGAUAAACGAAAUAAUAUUUCCUUGGAACUGCUGAAACAGGCAGGAAAACAUUCUCACUUGUUAGGAAGUGCGCAGAUACACCUUUAUAAUGUGAUUCAGAAAGGGUACUUCACUGAAGAAUUUGAAAUGAUUCAUAAACAGAAUUUUAUCUGCAGGCUGAAGGUAGAAUUUAUGUUUUCCUAUGGAAACUUUGGUUUUGGAUUUUCACAUCAGUUACAAGCUCUUCGGAGAGUUCCUGCGCCAUCUAUGUUUAUGACUGUUGCACCACCUCCAGAAAGAACAGACCCUGUCACGAAUGUAAUUACUCCACAGUCAAUAGAAUAUCCAGCAUUCUUAUCCCCAGACCUGAAUGUUGCUGUUGGAAAGCCAUCUGUAGUGACCCAAGCAAGUUAUCAACCUCUAGUACAACUUGAAAAACUUAAGGAACCGCCUCGGGAAAGGCUGCAAAGAAUGAAAGAAGAAUAUAGAAAUCUGAACUCGUGGAUGGAUAAAGUUGACUAUCUAGAAAAAAUUCUUAAUUCAAAAUUGGAAGUUAAACCUAAAGCAAUUCACCGCCAUGAGGAACAUAAAACACCACUUAAAAAGAAAAUUGAAGACAUCAUAACAUCAGAUGUUCCUCUUUUAGAAAAGAAAAAUGAAAUUACUCCAAAUGAGAAACUAUAUGAAGAUAAUUUAACACUUAGUCCUUCUAAAAGUUAUGAAUCAGAAAAGGGGACAUAUUUCCCAACGUUCAAUAUUCCUAACGUAAUAAUAACAGAAGACAAGGAAAUAAUACCUCCAGCGGAAUACCCAAGUCAAGAGGACAUGUUAUACCCAAAAGGAGAACCUUUAUUCUGUCAAAGCAUUGAAGAUACAUAUCCAUUAAAAAAACCCACAUUUUCAUCAGAGGUGGAUUUUCCACUGGAAGAAAAAGAUUCAUCAUGUUUAAGUCCAAAAAGCGUAACAUUUAGUUCCACAUGUUCGUUCCAGGAAUCCAAUAUCCAGGAUGGUUUUGUGCCUUUCCUAAGAGAUAUAAACAAAAAAAUAUCACUGAAGAAAAGUAAAGAUCAAGAUAUGUUAAAAUAUAGAAGCAGUUCAUAUUCAGAUGCUGUAGAACAUGAAGACCAAGAUCCUCCUUAUCCAGCACAGUCAAAACCUGAAAAGCCUGAGAAAGCCUGGAACCAAGCUCCUGAUAUAAUCUCAAUAAAGGAUCUUUACCCUAAAUUAGGUCAUGAUCCUGAUAUCACAAGAAAUACUUCAGACAUGGAGAAUGAGUUAGCUCAUGAAUCUCUGUAUACCACAGUGAAGACUUUAGAUGAUAAGAAUGUGCUAGAGGGAACACAACCAAAUGUAUCUUUAUCAAACUUUCAAGGAGAAUCAUCAAUGACUGAAAAUGUAAAUGUAGACUGCCUACCACAAUCAGAAUCAUUAUGUCUUAUGUCCCACAUGGAAGAUUUAAAGCAAUCAAUGGUUCUCAAAUCAAUUUUAAGUAAAGAUCUGCAAGACCUCUCAGAUGAAUUAUUUGCUAAACCAGAAAGUAUUACAGACAUAAAAGUCAGAAAGUCAAGUUCUUUAAUUGUAACUGUUCAGGAUAAGCCACCAGGUGGUUUGAAAGACAAGACAUUUGAUAAAAGUCAAGAUUUAGAUAGCUGUAUUUCAGAAAAAAAUAUUCCAAGCUCCUCUUUAAGUUGUACAAAUUCACCUUCAAAGGAGGAAUCAGAAAAUAUUCCACUGGUAGAAAAGGAAAUAGUCUCUGAAAUAAACAUUCCAGCUGGUGAGGAAGAUUUUCCAGUAAAAAAAAAGAGUAGUUUCAAAACAAAACAUUUAGAAACUGAAAUGUCUAACUCCAAAUCAGGUUUAAGUGACAUUGUAUAUGAUUUUGAUACAAAGAAAAUAUUUAUUGUACCAUCUUACUCAUCAGAGAUAGGAGUGUCAAAUGAAACUCAGAAACAAUUCCCCACAGAGGGAAAAAAUCUGUCUUCAAAGAUUCUACUUCACUAUAAAGAAAAUGAAGACAAAAUAGAAUUACCGCAGGCCAAAUCUAUUAUAAGUCAGAUAAUACAAGCAUUUCCUAUAGAUAGUCUUUUAGAAUGUGGGAUAAUUAAAGUGGUAGAAUUAGAUAAUGAAUAUCACAAAAAAAUUUUACUGGAUUCAGAGACAGUCUUUGCUGAGGAAAAUUUAAAGUAUUCUACAGAAGAUUCAGAAUCUUUUCCAGAGCAGAAUAUAUCUUUUAUUUCCCAAGAAGCCACUUCUUCUUCUAACAGAAUUCAAUUUAUAGGCAAAGGCAAAAAUAUGUCUCCACAGUAUUCAAAAUACAAGUCAACACCAGAUACAAAAACCAAUUUGCCAAGUAAUAGUGAGAGUUUUUAUAGGAAAGAAAAUUAUAUAAGAUAUUUAGAGCAUUUAAGUAACUCAUUAACAGGUAAUCUUGGUGAAUCUGAAAUAGCAAUAAUGUCUUUUUUAAAAGCUAUUUUUAAUGUUUAUUUCAAGUAUUGUCAGUCUGGAAAAAGACGACCAGAAAAAGACCUGGAAAGACUAAUUAACAGAUAUUUUCUAACUAAUACAGAUUUUGAAGAAAUAAAAGAAAAAUUUGAUAAAGUAAACAAGUUAGACCCAGAACCUCUUUUGAGUUCAAAUCUUUGUGUAUUUCUAGAAGAACUCUCAGAGUCAGAAAUAAAAAAUUUAAAAACUGAAUUAAGUAAACAUAUCCAGCAUUAUCUUAUAGAAAGACUUUUAGAAUCAGGACAUAUCACCAAAGAGGACUUACCAAAAAUCUACCAUAAUCUUUAUUUGAUGAAUGAGAAGAAAGAACCAAAAGGGCAAGAUAUUUUUCUGGAAAAAUAUUUAGGAACUAUAAAAGAAGUCAUAUCUUUUGUAAAUAAUUUUAAUCGUCACUUUAUAGAUAAACACUUGGAGAUAAAGUUAAGAUCAUUUUUAACCGAAAUUCUCCAAAAUUAUUUUCUAAAAAAUUUCUCAGAAAACAGUUUAUUUAAAGAGAUAGAAUCUGAGGCACUACACUCAAACCUGUCUUCUCUAAGAACCAAAAGUGCCUCCAUAUCCUCUCAUGGGAUAAGACAAGAUAUUCCAAGAAGUAGUUUUGGUAGAAGUCCUGAAAUAAAGAUGAAAUAUCCUCUAAGUAAUUCUCUACAAAAUUAUCUGAAAACUUUAUCAGAAAAUGAACUAUUAAAUAUACAGGCUAAUUUAAGCAAACGUCUCUACUGCCUUUGGAUAAAAAAGCUUUCAAAAUCAGGACUAAUCAAAGAAAGGCAAUUAGAGAGUGCCAACAUUCAUAUGAAUUUAAUUAAUCCCAGUGCCACACAAUUAAAAAGCAUAAAGUCAGAUCUAUCUUAUAAAGAUGAAAAUCAGAGUAUGAAGGAGCACUUAGAAAAUCAAGAUAAAUAUCCAGAAAUUGUUCAAAACAUCAAGAUUCCCGAGGAUAAACUUACAGAAAGAGAGCUGAUUAGGAAGGAAGAGUCAAAUCCCUUAAAUAGUGUUAAAGAAAACCCAUCCAUUAUUGGGGAACAGAAAAAAAAUUCUACAGAAGAAGCGAAGACACUGUAUUUAGAGUCACAAUCUUCCAACAACAAUUCCCAGGUGACUGCAUUAAAUACUAAUUCAUCAGAAAGACUGACAGAUACAGUGUUAAAGAAACAAAGGAAAGAACAUGGUAUUCCCAAGAACCCUAGAGUAGAAAAUGUUGGUUUGAAAACAGAGAUUCAAGAUCCAUGCAGUGGGAGUGACAAAUUAAAACCAGCUCAAUCAAAUGCUUGCUUUGAAAGGACGCUGAAAACAAAGUCCCUUGACAAAAAGGAGCAUAAUAACUUUUGUAGACUGCUGAUACAGAGAAAUACUGAUGCUGUUCUAGUAGCAUACCCCAGAAUUCCUAGUUGCAAAAUGUCGAAUGAAGACAAAGAAUAUGUAAACAAAUGCCCUUUUCAUUCUAGGCAGAGCAACACAACUUAUUGCAAUUCAGAGUCUGUGGAUAAAUCAAAGUUAGAUGAUCAUUAUUAUCAGAGAUGGAAAGGAAAUAAUAAUAACAACAAAAAACAGCCUUUAGUAAUAAUUGGACAAUACAAAAAAGAUAUACAAGCUAUAUAUCCAAAGGUAUUUGAAAAUUCCAGUGAAAAAUAUGCUGGGUUCUUUGAAUCACAUCCAUUUAAAUAUAAAAUUAUGAAAGCAGAUAAAAGCUCAAAAUCAUUCCUCUUCCCAGAAGUAUUAAAGACCGAACAUCUAAAGCCCAAAAUCCGAAAAGAACGAGACCAUUACGGCAAACAAAAAAAGUCAUUUAACAAGAUAGGUAGGAUACUGCCAAACACAAUGCCCACCACAAGAAGUCUUCUAAGAAAGUCUGUGCCAAAGACAAUGCUUCAUUGGACUGCAAGAAGAACUAUACACGAUUGUUCUGAUCGAUUUGAGGAACUACCCGAGAACGCAUUUCAGCAUUUUGAAAAAGCGAAACCAAGAGCAAGACUACUAGGCAAGGGCCCAGAGGACAACCGGCAUCAUUUGAAACACUCUGGAAGACCAUUUACUGCCCCAGAGAUGAACAAAAGACGAGACAGCUAUGCUGGAAGACGUACAUAUUCUCGAAUGAGUUCAACAGGCUCAUUUCAAAUGAAUGAUUUAGCCCCAGAUUAUGAAAACCAUAAAAUACAGCAAAAAAAAAUUAGAAGAGAAUGUUAAAAGGUGUUUGCU